GCCGCUGUGUCCUGGUGUAUCUCAACAUGGCGGGCGGCAGAGCGGGUUGUCCCGCUGCGCUUCGUGUCCCCACAGGAGCUCGGCCCGCGCGGCAGCCCCUUGUCCCCACAGCCUCCGGCCUGUGGGCUCUGCCGCCGCCUCCCUCCCGCGCUGCGGGGCGGGAAAGCGCCGGCCACCCCCGGGUCCGGCUGCUUGGGGUGGCCGCUGCCAACUGUGGGCGCCAUAAUUCUUUAAUGAAUUAAACGUUCUGUAAGAUUAGACACGAGGGCUUUUGGGUUUUUUUCCUCCUGCAGGCUUGGGGGGAAGUCGCGCUGUGUGGAGGCUGGCUCUGAGCUCAGAGGGCUUUGGCAAUUGCCAGCGAAAGAUCCUUUUCGUUCUUGACGAAGGUUGGCUCCCGGUAUCAGAGAAAGGAGAAUACAGUAUUUUGGGUGGAGUGCUCAGCUUCCAGACUUCACUUUGUUCUUCACAACUUGGAGGGAUAUGAAGGCAAUUGGAAGAGUGCUUUGUGCUACAGGAAUUGUAGCUGGGCUCAUAGCUUUCUUCUGGAAAGACCCUUUUACCCCAGAGAGCUUGUCUGGUGCCCGUGUUCUCCUGACUGGAGCCAGUGCUGGGAUUGGAGAGCAGAUGGCAUAUCAUUAUGCCAGAUUUGGUGCUGAAAUUGUUUUGACUGCUAGGAGGGAAGCUGUGCUGCAGAAGGUGAUGGAGAAAUGCCUGACACUUGGAGCAAAGAAAAUAUUUUAUAUCCCUGCAGAUAUGUCUUCCCCUUCAGAACCUGAGAAGGUGGUUCAGUUUGCUGUCCAAAAGCUGGGGGGACUGGAUUAUCUGGUGUUGAACCACAUUGGCAUGACCCAUUUCCAGAUGUGGACGGGAGAUGUGGAAUACACCCGCUGGCUCAUGCAGGUGAAUUUCUUCAGUUAUGUGGCACUUACAACAGCAGCUCUUCCCACCCUGGAGAAGAACAGAGGCUCGCUGGUGGUUGUUUCUUCCCUCACAGCCAGUUUCCUGGUGGUUUCCAUUCUCUCCUUUUCCUUUCCAGGGAAAAUACCCACUCCCUUCACCACUUCUUAUUCUGCCACCAAGUUUGCACUGGAUGGAUUCUUCAGCUCAUUGCGCCAUGAACUCAUCAUGCAGAAGAGAAAUGUCUCUAUCACACUGUGCAUCCUGGGUCUGAUUGAUACUGACACAGCAUUACAGAAUACCAGGGGCAAAGUGCACAUAAGUGCUUCGCCUGCUCCUGAAGCUGCACUCGCCAUCAUCCGGGGAGGUGCUACACGGGUGCAGGAGGUUUUCUACCCCUGGUGGCUGCAGCAGCUGUGCUGCCUCUGGGUUUUGUUCCCCAGCAACCGGGGCCAGGUUUUAAGGAGUUACUAUAACUACAGCAGUCCUUAAAAGAUGCCCAGUUUGUCUCCUCUCCCAUCCUAUAUCCCUUUUAACUACAUUCCCACCAUCCCACUAAGCCUCCUGUUGGUGUCAAGCAGGAGCAGGGCAGCAGUGGUGGCAAAGUAACUUUAGCUCUUUUCCUAAGACUGCUCUUGGUUUUCCUCUCAUCCUGCUUUAGCCACGGUUCUGAUGUUGCUAGCUGUGAGUCAGAGAUCUCCACUGUUCACUGUCUUAGCCCUCCUCCCAUCUCCCCUCCUUCAGCCUCACCUGUCUGCUUUUACUGCAUCCAGCCUUCUCUCAGCCCUAGCUUUAACCUCUGUCUGCACACUCCUGGGACAUCCUGCUCCACUGCUUUUUCAAUUCUGUGAACCUCCUUGUUUCAUUUAAGUAGAAUUUUAAUCUCUGUUUUAAUUAAACAGUUUUUUAAUGUGUUAGUA